UUUAAAGUCGAUAUAUGAUCCAAAAGGAAACGGAGCUCCACGUUGAACUGUUUUGGUGUAGUAAUGCUGGCUGGAAUUCGGUUCAGAGAAACGGUUAUUACUUGACUACUGUGUGAGUCAGCUUGUCUGGUAAGCUUACACUGUCUAUUAAUACACGAGAAACCAAAUGAUCAACUGUAUGAGAGGCAAUAGAAGUUUUUAGAGUCGAGUACAGUAACAGACGAACUGCCACUGUAAGGGACCGUUCACCAUCUAGGUAAAACAGGCGUGUACCAUCGGCCGGCUGGGUAUAAAAACACGCGUGUGGUCAGUUUAGGAUUAUAAAUAUAUUAAUACUCGUGUGGUUUAAGAAGAGAAACAACAACAUUAGAAUUCAGAGACAUCCAAUACAGCUAAUAACAUCGACAGACAAGUUAAAAUAUCAAAACCCAUAUCACUCAAGUACAGCGGACGUCAGAGUGAGCAGCUUAAUAUCAGGAAUGAGAUAAUUAGAUUGAUUAGAAGAAGACAAAUAAAGGAUUUGUUUACUAUUGACGGUAUGAGAAACAGGGGUGUUCAUACUAAGGCUAUGUAUACAAUAUGAAGAGGGUGAUGAAUCUGCAGGGUUGUUGACGUUGAUUUAACAGAAUGUCUGGGAAGAUGGCGGUGGAUAGGGAGGUGACGGUAUCCAAAAACGUAUGGAAGACAGUGCGGGUCGUUGCCAUAGCCGGCGUCGUGUUGGCGGCUAUUUUGUUGAUAGCUUUAAUCGUCAUUUUGAUAGACCAGACGUUUUUACCGGUAUGUCCGAAAGGUCAAACGAUAAAACCGAGAAAUUACGAGAAACCCGGGGUGUUUGAUGACUUAACACCACGAGAAAUGAAGGCAGCACGAGACUUCCUUUUGUCGCUAGAAUCACCAGCUUUAAAACGCCAAGAACAUGCUUCAAUAAACAGUAGCUACAUCUACAUGAUUGAUCUCCAUAUAACAUUAAAAUCAGCCGUCCUGCAAUAUCUUGACGGCGGACAUCGUCAACCAGAACGAACAGCUAAAGCGAUUGUAUAUAGAGGGGAUUUGGAUCCACCUCGUGUUGAAGAGUAUUUAGUCGGUCCUCUUCCUAAUCCGAACUAUCACGUCCUCAUCAGAGACCCCGCUUAUCGACGACUUCCCAUUCCAUGGACAAGCCGCCCAGUAGACCAAAUCGAGUAUAAACAUCUCUAUGGUAUUCUAGAAAAAGCAACAGAGAAACUGUAUACGGUAUUUAGAGAGAGUUAUGGUAUGCACUACCAUAACUGUACAAAAGACGAAGCCUGUAUGGCUUUCUUUGAUGUUGCACCUCGGGGUUUGGAAAGUGGGGAGCGCAAAUCGUGGUUCUGGGGCUUCCGGAAAGUAGAGGGUUUCUACAGUCAUCCAUUGGGAAUCGAAAUUCAAAUCGAACACGAAGGUACGGAUGUUUCUGAGUGGCGAGUUGUUCGUGUUAUUUAUAAUGGACAAAUGUAUUACAGCAUAGAAAAACUUGUAGAACAGUAUACACUCAAUAGACUUCGUAAAUUAGAUAUCAAAGUUGAUCCUUAUGAUCAACAAUACUCAUCCUUUGAAAGACGCGGUCCUAAAGACUACGAUGCCCCAGGAAGAGGCCCGCGCUUUUAUGAGCCAGAUGGAAGACGUUAUUCUGUUGACGGACAGCACGUUCAGUACGUGGGAUGGAAUUUCAACUUUCGGAUGCGCACUUCCACUGGUCUUCAAAUAUUCGAUGUGAGAUUCCAGGGUGAACGCAUCGCUUACGAGCUCAGUCUUCAGGAGGCAGCAGUGUUUUACUCCGGAUACGGCGCUGUUUCCGGAUCAACAAACUAUUUUGAUACUUCAUGGCUGCUAGGCGCUUCAUCCUACGAACUAGUGCCCGGUGUCGAUUGCCCAGGAACGGCAUCAUUCCACGACAGUCACCAUUUCGUAAACUCUGGACAGCCGAAAUAUUAUAAAAAUUCCAUUUGUGUUUUUGAACAAAAUUCAGGGAUGCCACUUCGACGUCAUUAUUCUAGCGAUUUCCAAGGUGGCUACAGUAAUUAUGGUGGCCUUGUGGACCAUUUCCUCGUAGUCCGAACAAUCCUGAACGUAUGGAACUAUGACUACCUUAUAGAUUAUAUAUUCCACCUAAAUGGGGUAAUUGAAUUAAAAGUUUCGGCUACGGGUUACGUUCAAACGACCUUUGCUCUUGCUCAUGAAAAACCAUAUGGAACAAUCGUGGAAAAUAACGUCCUUGCCAACCUUCAUCAACACAUGUUUCAUUUUAAAGCCGAUUUAGACAUCGGAGGUCGCGAGAACAGGUAUUCGACGUUAGACAUAUCCAAAGAGACCGUGAGAAUUCCUUGGUACGUGGAACGAAACAAAACACAGUUGAAAUUUGAGAAAGUUUUAAAAGAAAAAGAAAUGGACGCCAUUUUAGAAUUUAGUUUCGAUCAUCCCAAAUAUCAUCUGUUUUAUAACCAGAAUACUAGAAAUAAGUUUGAUUAUCAUAGAGCAUAUCGAGUUCAGCACGGAGCUAUGAGUAAAUUUCACCUUGAAGAAGCUGCUUUUAUGCGCGCGGCAAACUGGGCCAGAUACCAGAUGGCUGUCACCAAACACAAAGACACUGAAGACGUCAGCACGACAAUCUACGCUCAAAACGACCCCUUUGACCCCGUUCUCGACUUCCAUACAUUUUUAGACAACAAUGAUAAACUGGUGGACGAAGAUCUGGUUGUUUGGUUGACCGCCGGAGUUGUUCACAUCCCGCACUCCGAAGACAUCCCAGCAACAGCCACUCCGGGAAAUAGCUAUACCAUUUAUCUGAGACCUUACAACUUCUUCCAAACCUGUCCAAGCGUGUCCUUAAGUGAGGCCGUCCAUAUUACGCCGGGUAAUAAUUUUGAUACACUGCACGUGAAAACAUUCGGAACAAAGCAGGGAUCUCGUUGCUUCCAAAAGGAAGAAAAUUAUGAAGAAUUCAAUGGUACAACUCCACUAAUCUAAACAUAUCCCAGAGAUCCUGUCAAUCGAUCGUGUCAAUUAGGAUUCGAAGUAAAGCGGGGCUUUCAAGAACGGCAGGCUGUAGGAUUACGAUAACGCAAGGGAAGCCCCAAUGACUGUGCACAAUUAUGACUCUGGGAUGGUUACAUGGAUAUUCAUUUUCAACGUGCAUUCAUCUCAUUGUGUAAACACACACUGUGGACUCAAUUACCUGUUGCCAGUGCCAGUGAGUUUCUUGAAAACUGUAUGCGCAGUUAUCUCCCUUUAUAUAAUAUGCACGAUUAUUCACCGUCAAAUGUUACACAUCUCGUAACAUGAUUUAGCUUGGUAACAGAAACUAUCAACCGGUAAUAUUAUAUGUACUGCACUUGUUGCGAACACGGAUUAUUAUCCGGGUUUAGUUCAGGUUAUUAAACUGUAAAGGAAUUGACAAGAAGAAUAUCGGAGCUGUGGUGAGCUUGACAUGUCAUUAAUAAUUUUCAUAGUGAAGACGCUUUAUUUUACGGAAAAUUAACCUGCUACUAAUUAAUUAAUUAAUUAAUUAAUCUAUGCUGAUAUAGAAUACUAACAUAUUUUAUUCCAACCCACUUUGACACCCCCUUCCAGAAUGACAACCUUUGUAUGGGGGAAGGCUCUUCUAAACUAAGACGACGUCGUUAUAAAUUGAUGUUUGGGUCGUCUCAGUAUGUGUAUUUUAUUUGUCAUAAUAUUACUCAGUUAGGUCUUUACGGCGAAUAUCAAACUGUACGAAUUCCAAAAUUGAAUGCCUUGUUUGGGAUACAGUGAUCACUUUUUAAACGCACACCAGUAAUAUAAAACACCGGAGACAAAAUACUGUACAUUCAGUUAAGAAACGCGUACUGGUUUUUUAAAACGGAUAUUAAAGGUACACCCCCUUCAAUGAUAAUUAUGCCUCAUUGCACAUUUCCAUUCUUUUACGACUCAACCAGUGAUCAUGUAGGUCGUCGCACUAUACAUAAUCAUAAAUCUGUGACAAUAAAAUAUUUAUUGCUUUGUUAAGACGGAUUGUAGCGUUUCUACUGUUUAGUUUAGACGGAUUGCAUGGAAAUCUACUGUCAGUCUAGUUAAAGCUGGUUGUAUAGCGUAUAUACUGUCUAGUUUAUACUGAUUGUAGCGUAGACUGAUUUAUAGCGUAUGUACUGUCUAGUUUAUACUGAUUGUAACGUAUCUACUGCCUAGUUUAAACUGACUGUAGCGUAUCUACUGUCUAGUUUAGACUGAUAUACUGGUUAUCCUCCAUUUUAGGUUGGAAGUUUUGUAUAAUAAUGUUGUUUAUAUUAGUGUACAUGUUACUUAUGUUGUUUUUAUUUUUAUCAUCUAUAUUCCAUGGAUUGUUCAUUUAUUUGCUUUAAAAUCAGGCGCCAUAUUUUCUUCCAUUUCAUUAUUAAUAUAAUUACUUUGGACCAAAGAAAUGCGCCUGGAUUUUAAAUAUGCCCAAAGGAGAUUACAUUCAGAUACCCCAAACUAUAAAAUAACUAUUUUCUAGUGAUUUGAUAAAGGUUUAAAAUGACUAAAGCAUUAAUCAAGUGGGAAUUGGCCUUUUCAAGAACCCUGAACUUUGAUAUGAAACGGCCCUCCGAUGAUAGUGGCCGAUGACAAAGAUGACGGCAUUUGUCCGAAAGUGUGGAGAUUGUCGAGAAUUCUCUAGUCUCGGAACUACUCGCUCCGCUUUACAAAUCUCGACAAACUCUUAGUUUAUAUAUUUCUCAAACUAUAUACUUGUUUAUGUUCUUAUUGAAUUACGUCAUUUUUCUUUUUAUCUUGUUUUUUCUUUGUUGAUUAUCAAUAAAUCGCUCAACUCAUUUUUUAA